AUGAACAGUAUGAGAGAGCGCGAUUGCGAAGAUCUUCCGGAUUAUGUGUGCAAAUUUCGCCACGUAGUCACUCAAGUCCGAAAAAUGAGCGAGUUGGACCAAAUUAUGUACUUCCUACGUGGACUUACAGGUCGUACGCGGGAGGAGGUUCAGUACCGUCGCUGUACAACACUUUCCGAAGCUAUUACUGUGGCAUUGGACUUUCAUCUUCUCAUCCUCAGCGAUAUUCCCGAGGAAUAUCGCACGAUAAAACAAGGUACAGGUCGUACGAAAACAAUCCCGUCUAGGGACGAAUGUCGCCGCCAAAAUUUGUGCUUCAAGUGCGGUAGUCAGAAUCACCGAUCCGCACAGUGUAAUCAUCGCCAACCACGAAAUGAUAGAGGAAACAAUCGUUCAGGUCGAAGCUAUCGGCAGCAUGUAGAUCGUCAGCAUGUCAACAAUGUGGACAGCCGUGAGGACGAAGAGGACGACCAAGAAUCCAUUGUUUACGAUCGUGUCACGAUCAAUGCCGUGGAGGUCAGACGGAAGUCUGUGGCAGAACCUAUUUACAUCGUGUCAAGCAGCGUUCAAUCGGACAUGCCAGCGCAGAGUCGACUUCUAGUGCGUGAUGGUGUCAUUGGAGGCAACUCCGUCAAUAUUUUGAUCGACUCUGGUGCAUCAACAAAUCUAAUCAGACCCGGUCUGGCAUCGAAAGUUUUAAGCGAACAGAAGGUACAAGCGCGUCGUUUCGAUGGAACGUGGACACCGAGUCAUCCCACGAAGAGAGUGGAAGACACCAUUUAUAUAGAAGGUAUGGAGUUUCCACGGAUGCAGUUCACGGAAUGGGACCUACCGGAUACGCACGACUUAAUAUUUGGUCAACCAUGGUUCACCAAGUACAACCCCCAAAUCGAUUGGCGUACGCAACAGAUCCAAGUAGCUACCCACACGACGUUCGAAGACGUGGAUGUUCCUACCUUUCAAAAGAAAUUGAAAUGUGGAGCUUAUGAUGAGAUAUACCACUUGAAGGUAACCAACGUCGACCAAGCAGAAAUACCACAGGAGUUAAUUCCACUUUUGAACGAGUAUAACGACGUUUUUCCAGAACAACUCCCGAACGAGAUGCCUCCAACGCGAUCAGUUAACUUCGAGUUGCAAAUGAAGCCUGAUGCAAUUCCGAGCUUCCGUGCUCCCUUCCGUUUUUCGAAGGUUGAGCAGGACGCACUGCAACAAUUCGUUGAGGAGAAUAUACGAAAAGGAUGGAUAGAAGUAUCAAACUCUCCAUGGGUCUUAAAUAUCUUUAAGAUUCCAAAGAUAGAUCCUGCAACCGAAAAGUUUCCCAAACGCGCCAAAUGGCUCCGAAGCGGCAAUUCGAAGAUCCUCAUUCGAUGGGUAAUUGACUACCGCUAUGUUAAUAGCAUGUCCGUCGUGGCAAAAAUUCCUCUGCCAUUGAUCGAAGAACUACUUGACCGCAUGGUUGGAUGCACGUAUUUUACGCUUCUCGAUCUCGCACCAGGGUACCAUCAAAUGGUAGUGUUACCGUCGAGUCGGCCCUACACGGCUUUUCGGACCCAAAAAGAAACGUAUCAAUGGUGUGUCGCACCGAUGGGUUUAUCAGGUAUGCCGGGAGUCUGGUCACGUCUUAUGCGAACUUUGUUCGAUAAGCUAGGACAAUUUGUUGUCGUGUAUCGCGACGACAUCUGUAUCUUUUCCCGUACAAUGGAGGCUCAUCUCAUUCACGUUCGCGCAGUAGGCGACGUGUUGCGCAAGGAAAAGCUGUACGCUCGUCUCUCCAAAUGCGCUUUUGGUCGUCAGGAGAUCGCAUUUUUAGGGCAUAUGGUUUCCAAAUAUGGUCUGCGCGUCGACCCAAGAAAAACCAUUACAAUCGCGACAUUCCGAGCGCCGACAUGUCGCAAGGAGUUGCUGAGUUUUUUGGUUCUAGCGGGAUAUUACCGGCGAUUUAUCUGCAAUUUUGCACGGAUAUCGCGUCCUCUUCGCGAUUUAACCAAGAAGGAUGCGCAAUGGACUUGGGGGAGAAUCGACAAAAAGCUUUUAACGCUUUAA